AUGCAGAACCCUGUCCUUCUGGAAUCACCACAAUUUUUGUCCUACCCAUUGCCGACACGAUCCCUUCCAUCGACAUCGCAGGCUUACGUUCUUGCUAUUGCUUCGCUUCCCGCCCAUUAUGCAACUGCGACGUCUACACCUUUGAAUACAAUAGAAAUAUAUGACAAGGCCUCGCUACAACAUAUACAAACUCUGUCUGGUCAUGAUACAGCCACCACCUCCCUAAAAACGAUUGAAUCCAUUGCAGGGUUCAGCCGGCAGUCCUUGGUUUCCUCGGGGCACGAUGGAUCAGUCAAAGUCUGGGACGAUCGUUCUAAUUCACAUAGCAUCAAAAUGACCAACCUUGGCAAACACAAUGCUUUGCUUUGCUGCGAUGUCUCUCCCGAUGGACUCACUGUAGCUGCAGGAACGGACCUCCAGGGUGAUGACGCGAAUAUCUUCUUCUGGGACCCCCGGCAACCAGCUACUCCACUGCGUACCCAUGGAUCGACUCAUUCAGACGACAUCACUGUCCUGCAAUUCGCUCCAGAUAAUGAUGAUGAAGACGAAGCAGUACAGCAGGUAGCGAACUGGGGCUGCAGUGUUUCACAAGCCGGAUUUAUGGCAUCAUCUGGUGUACCCCCGCGGAUAUGGGCAUCUAGCGAUAUGGAAACCUUCAGUACCUGGUCAAAUGAGCUAGAUCCCCUUCAAAGCGUGGACAUACGUGCUUCGUCUGUACAUAAUCGAAAUUGUACCUGGGUGACAGACUACCUCAUCACUUGUACAAAUCAGCCCAACGGCAACCUUGCUAUAUACACUGGCUCCAAUGAAGGAGACCUUGCACUUCUGUCAAAUUCCGACCUGUCCACACAGAAUUCCUCGUGGACACUACAUAAGAUAUGGAGUAACGGCCAUACGGGUGUAGUGCGAUCACUACUAUGGGAUGAGAAUAACCAGAAGACGGUAUGGACGUUGACACGUCGCCGCGCAAACGAAACAUGGAUUGGGAGGAUGACCGCGAGGAGGGCAAACGAUUUAGAACAUACUAGAGUCAUCAGCUACCAAAUGUGUGUAAAAUCUCAUACGGCCGUCUUUAAAGAUGUCGGCAAGUAUAUCGCUUGGUUUAGUUUAACUUCUGCAGCGAACAUGAAAUACUAA